AUGGCAGUGCGCAUCAUGGCGAAGUGGAGAGCUGGUGGGGGCGGCUGCAGAGCGGGCGGCGCGGCAGCAGCAGCUACACGGGAGGGAGGCGGGUUGGAGUGCGGAGGAGGAGGGAGCAGCAGCUGUCACCAGCAGCGCCUGCUUUCACAAGGGAAGCGAGAGGCGCGGCAGCAGCAGCUUCACGGGAUGGAGAACGGUGGCGGGCUGGUGCGGAGGAGGAGGGAGCAGCAGCUGUCACCAGCAGCGCCUGCUUUCACAAGGGAAGCGAGAGGCGCGGCAGCAGCAGCUUCACGGGAUGGAGAACGAUGGCGGGCUGGUGCGGAGGAGGAGGGAGCAGCAGCUGUCACCAGCAGCGCCUGCUUUCACAAGGGACGCGGCAGCAGCAGCUACACGGGAUGGAGAACGGUGGCGGGUUGGAGUGCGGAGGAGGAGGGAGCAGCAGCUGUCACCAGCAGCGCCUGCUUUAACAAGGGAGGCGCAGCAUGGCAGAGAGCAGAGCUGGUGGGGGCGGCUGUAGAGCGGGAGGCGCGGCUGCAGCAGCUACACGGGAGGGAGGAGGGGCGAGGGGGUCCCGAGCGAUGGUUCCCACCUCACCGCGGUGCUUGGGUGUAA